CUGAGAGUCCGAUGAAAACAUGAGCAGCUUCUCUACCUCUGGUAGGAACGACACAACCCUGGAGGAAGAAGGGUCCGAAGGGGGGAGUGGGAUAGCAGUGGCCUGUUCUAUCCUGGCUGUAUGCUUUGUUGUGGGGACUCCAGGGAACCUGCUGGUUGUUUACAUCAUCAUGAAGCAUGUGAAACAGCGCUCUCACACCGUGCUGCUUAUUCUACACUUGGCCAUCGCUGACCUGCUGGUGCUGGUCACUCUGCCUAUAUGGAUUUACUCCUUGGCUUGGUCCUGGGUGUUUGGCCAAGCCACCUGCAAGGCCAUGGUGUAUGUCGUCCAUACCUGCAUGUAUGCCAGCGUCUUCCUCAUCACCAUUAUGAGUAUGGAGCGCUUCUUGGCUGUCAAGUUCCCUUUUAAGAUGCUGCAGUGGAAAACCAGCAGCAUCAUAUACUGGACAUUGGGUUGUGCCUGGGCCAUGGCACUCGUGCUGGGAAUUCCAGCUUUUCUUGCCCGGCGGAUAGAAGAAAAUGCAGAUGGUACACAGCACUGCCACUUCACCGAGUUCUCCUCCAUGGCUGUGGAGGUCUUCUGCCUUUGUUUGGAGACAAUGGUGGGCUUUGCCAUCCCGUUCUUCAUCCUGGCCAUCUGCUACUGCCAGGUGGCAUCUCAGCUUUGCCAUAUACAAAGCAGGACUAAGCAGAAGUCCGCCUUCCUCAUAGGUAGCGUAGUGACUGCCUUUGCUUUGUGCUGGCUGCCCCACCACAUUCUCAACAUCAUUUCCAUAACACACCUUCUAACGGACCACUCCGAUGGGUUGCCAGAUGCAGUGGAAUUCAUCUCUGGGGCACUGGCAUUCAUCAGCAGUUCUGUAAACCCAAUCCUCUAUGCCUUUGCUGCCAGAAACCUCCAGGGUGGUCUUAAGAAAUUCAUGAUGGUCAGGCUCUUCCAGGAAGUGACAUCACACUCAACCCAUGUAAAAGAGAGAGAGCCCAAGACCCCAGACGUCUCUGACAAUGGGACAAGCAAAGAGGAGUCUUCAGCAGAUGUUUGAGAAGUGCUGAGUUUGAACGUGAAUUUUGAGAGAAUUCACUGGCACUGCUUUAAUUUUGAUUUUGAUAAGACUCAUUCAGUGGAAUGGCGUGCUUCUUUUUUCCCCCUUUUCUGAACCUCAGGUUGACCAGGUACAAUGCAGGCUUGCCACCCUUUUAAGAGACUUUGGUUACAUCCUCUUCAGUUGUAGUUACUUUAAGAAAAAAAUAAUAAAUUUAUCCUCAAAAAAAAUUAUAUCCUGGCAAGUCCUGGAAAGCAUCUUAAAUCUAGUCAAUAUAGCUAAUAUUUCCCAUUAUGAGAUUGUUGUGAAUGAUUCUAAGAUUAUAAUUGUUGUGUUAUUAUAAAACAUAUUAACUAAUUUUUAUAAAUUGGCUUAUUUCAUUGGCAGAUAUUGAGAAAUAAUGCUUGAAACAAGGAUAAUUAUCUAUGUACUGAAUAUGAUAGUUGCUCUGGAUGAAAUUACUUAAAACGUUUUAUGAAUCAGUUAAAUGGUCUUGUAAUAUUCUUGCAACAAUCUUACAACAUUAGCUAUAUUGACUAGAUUUAAGGUGAUUUCACUUGCCAAGAUUUUUUUGUGUUUUAAGGCUUUGCAAAGAAUUGCAGUCUUAUUAAAUAAUAUUUUUGAUGCUCUUUCAUACAAAUCAUGCUUGAAAGCUGGCCAUCAUUUAAAACUUCACUUGUUUAGUGCCAUUCACAUCAACUACUAUUAGUUCUCAAUUCUCCAAACUAUUCUUAAAAAAACAAAAAAAAAAAAACAAGAAGUAGUAAAAAUCAUGUGGUCAGUCCA